AGUUGUGUCGCCGCGCAGCCCCUGAGCAGAAUGGCGGCUCUUUUGGAAUCCGUUCUGCAGAAGAAAGCGGACAUUAAAACGGUCUUAGACUGGUUGGCAAAUGAAAAGGUUGGUUCUGAAAUGACUGUAAGCCGCUUCAGUGAGACAUGACAUAAACGACCGCUCUCUUGGGGCGUGUGUUAUGAGAUGACAAAGCUUGAAACAGGUUGUAAACAAAACUUUUAGCUGGACGGCUAGCGGGCUCGGCUAGCUGCAACCAGGCUGGGAUGGAUUCAUGUCCAGGAGCUAUCCAACUUAUGCAGAUUUUAGGGUCUUUAAGGAUAAAUAGAGUCUUUAAUCUGUGCCAUUUUAGCCAUUUAAAGUCGUAUCUUUUCCCUUUUGUUUACAAACUGUUCUGUCUUUCUUUCACAGGGAGGUGACAGCCUGGUUUUUAAUGAACCCGUGUUGACGGUCCACAAACAAGAAUUUGUCCCUUUCCUGCUCAAUUUUCUGAGGGAGCAGAGCAGCCAGGCACUGACCCAUGGCCCCGCCACGCCAGCAAAGACCCCCAGCCGCCCCAGACCUGCUGCUCAGAUGCAGGUCUUCACUGACAGGAGAGGAUGCAGAUCUGGUGGCAGUGGAGCUGGUUCUCGGAGUGCCAGCAGAGUCCAGUUAUUCUCUCCCGCCUCUUCUGUGUCACCUGGAGCUGAGUGGGAUGCAGGUGGACGGUCAGAAUCUCACUGUCUCAGCGGGGUUAACUCCUUCAGCAGCCCUUCCUUCGUGACAUCAUGGAGCCCUGCUUCCAGGCCAUCAGGCUCUGAGCGUCGGUCUGGCAAUAAGAUCAGUCUUGGGGACUACAUGAUCUCUCCUCCAGAGCACCAGCACAGCCAAGGCUUUCAGUCUCAUAAAGGCCGCAGGAGGAGUGGUGGCUCCACAGCAGUAGCAGGACAAGGGAGGCACGGAGGAGGGCGUGGAGGACAUCACAGUGAUGACAGUGGGCGCUGGGAGAGUGGUGCUAAGAGGUCAGGUAGAGGGGGAGGUGGAGGGCACAGUAGGAUACAUGAGCAGGCGACACCUCCAUCUGUAGAGCAGCUCAAUCUAAGCAACCUGGAUGAUUUCCCUCCUGUUGGAGCAUCUCCUGUUUCCCCAGCGUGAGUCUAGUUGAACAUUUAAGUCAACGCUUUCUCUGUUUUUGUAGUUUUGACUUACACUUUCUCGUCUCCCUCAGGACAUCCAAACCAUCCAGACGAAUCAACCCGACACCAGUCAGCGGAGAGCGGCCACACUCCAAGCCUAAGAUCUGCUUCACCUCCACCCCAUUCAGUAAACCUUCAACACCCCCUUUAGGUCUGGAAGCAACUGAGGGGUUGACGAAUUUAGGCAGUCCUCUAAGCCUGCAGGAAGAACGAGAGCUGCUGAAGAGGGAAAAGUAAGUGUUGAUACAAAAGGUAACUCGAUGUAAGAACGUAAAAAUAUUCAUUUUUUUAUUAUUCUUUGGACCUGGCUAGAGCUGUCUGAAAACUAUAUUUAAAGGGAUAUUCCGGCGUAAAAUUAAUUUAGGGUCAAACACACCGUAACCGUAACACAGAGUUAGACCCCCCUCGAGAGAUGAAUGUUGUAACGACCGCAGGACAGCAAUACACAGCGGUCUGAGGAGCCAUAUACAAACCUCAACUAAAACGCCACUCUAUAACUACAAAUAAUGCUCAGAACAGCACCUAACUUCAUCAACAGGACAUAUAGGGUCACAGACAUAGUACUAGACACCAAACAUCUUUUUAGCUUUGCCUAAUUUCUUUAACAAAGAGACUAAACACAACUCACCUACUCUCUUCCGGCAGCCGCUUGUUUGUAGUGAGACCUCGACCGUCCAUCAUCGACUGAGGAGGGGUGACGCAGCUCAAGGAAGAACAUUUAUGACCAUUACUUUAUCAUUUCCUUGAAGUAAUAAUCAUCAGAUUAAUCAUUUUGCACUGCAGACGCGGUAGUUCUUCUGCCCUAGCGUCUUGGUCUGAUUGCAUUUCCAUGAAGAAAUGAUCAUAAAUGUUCUUCCUUGAGCUGCGUCACCCCGCAGCAGUCUGUAAUGGACUGGCCUGAGGUCUCGCUACAAACAAGCGGCUGCUGGAAGAGAGUAGAUGAAAAUUAGGCAAAGUUUAAAAAGAUGUUUGGUGGCUAGUGCUGUGGCUGGGACCCUAUAUAAAUUGUUUAUGAAGUUAGGUGCUGUUCUGAGCAUCAUUUGUGGCUAUAGAGUGGUGUUUUGGUUGAGGUUUCCCCUUUAAGAGGGGUUGUUAUCUGUAUUCUCAUGUUCACUGCAGCAUCACUUUCACCUCAUUCUUCUUCUGCCCUGUGCUUUUUAGGACAAAGCGGGCCCAACAAAUCAGCUCACCUCUGCCAAUCCCUCUGGAUCCCUGCACACCAACCAAGUCAGGACUCAGGACAGGAACUAAAGUCACACCAGAUCUACAGACACCCUGUCCUGAACCACUGAAAGUCACCUUUUCUUCAGAACUGGAUAUCCUGGCCGAGCUGUACUGUACCUGCAUCUCUGGUGAGCAACCACAAGAUGGCAUCAACAUGCUAUUUAAAGGAAGCUUUAAUAAAAAGAGAAAAAAAGUUAUGUUUAAAUCUGUUUCCUUGUCUUACAGAAAACCUAGUGCCAAACAUUUUUCUGGAGCUUUUCUUUGUGAUGCAGCUGCUAACGUCUCGUUCUCCUCUCACUCUCAAUGAGGACGAACAGGGGAGUUUGUGUGCAGCAAAUUCAGGCAUGUUUGUGUUAACUUUUGUCCUGAAACAUCAGAGUCUCAUCAUUUUCAACAGAUACUGAUAUCAAACCUUUCCCCCACCUUUUUUUAGAUGUUCUGGAGAGAUGUUACCUCAGACAAGUACACAACUGUGUGUACUUUGCUGUGAAAGUACUGGAGAAUCAGUUUCAGUGAGUUUGUUUGAUAGAAAAUGUAAAGCUGUUCUCCUCAGUAAAGUGACACUCAAGUCCUCCACUCCUCCUGCACUGGUUCCUAACUUUAUUCUUGGCAGGUUGGUUGCUCAUCUGGACAAGUGUACAUUGCGUCUGCUGGCAGAAAACGAGCGAGUGGCAUCCUUCUCUCCAGAGCUCAGGGACCGUCUGACUCAGGCCAUGGACAGGAGCACAGCAAAGGUAACUCACCUACAACGAUACAUAAUAGCUAAUAAAUAUAGGCAUACUAAAGAUGAUUGAAUAUUUUCAGAAUCCCUUGCUGCUUUGAAGGCAGCACAUACAAGAUAGCAUAUGAAUGAGUGAAUGAAUGAUUUAAAAAAUGGAUUACUCACGAUAAUCAGGAGAUUUUUGAUGCUGUGAAGGGCAAAAGUCUGCAGAAUAAUGAUAUUCAGGGAUGUGUUUCUUCUUGAGUCAUCUGGAAAUGCAGACAGAAUCAUGACAAUUUCUGUCUUUCUUUCUUUCUUUCUUUUUUUUUCUUUCUUUCUUUGCAUGCAUGCAUGCAGGUUAGACAUGCUGUGUCUGUCACUCUGAAACUUUCUUUUAACUCUCAUAUAAUGUAAAUUAUAACUACAUAUAACUUAAAUGAUUCUAGUUCUAUCCAUCUAGGCUAUCCAUAUACCACCUAUACUUUUAAAGGAUACAAAUGAGCUAUCUGUGUGAUUAAACAGCUGAGAUUGUGCCAAAAACACCAGCUGCUCAUUGAAAAAUUAAGAUUAAUUACUUCUAUGUGAUGUGACAUGGCGCCAGAUGCACAAACAAAGGAGUCAUGUGUCAUAACAAGAUGCAUAAAGUGGGAAAAAAAUAAUAAUAGACAGAGUAAACCCUGCAAAAGCGACAUAAACUGAUGCAGAAGAUUUCCCCAAAAGGCAAGAAAUAAUGUUUUUUAACUUAUUUUAGCAUGUUCCUUGUGUUUGAGGGCUGCAGCUUAACUUCAGCCUUUUUAUUCAGCAUUUAUUUAACAGAAGGAGGUUCGGAUGCAGAUAUUGUUACACCUAAACACAACUUGAAAGUUGUUUAUUUGUGCGCUUGAAAUUGCGCUCUGCCCUCUAUUAUUUCCUGCUUCAUUGUCCUUUGCCGACACAUCGCUGGAUAUUGAAACUAAUACUGGACUGAAGCAAAUAAAUGUUUGAUAAGUAAUUCAUAGAAGUCAUAUUCUUCCAGGAUUCUUGUUUUAAUUCAGAAUUCAAUUUACAACUUAUUUUAUUGUCUUUUGUUUCAGAGAAACUUCAGUACGUUUCCAUUUUGGUUGACAUGUGUUUGUUCCUCCUCUGUUCCAGCUCUCUCCUUCAGUUUCCACUUUCAUCCACUCAGUCCCAUUUCAACCUGCCACUGACAACCGCUCCAACUUUGGAAGUGACAAGGCCUUCCACACCUUUAAAAAACAGAGGUUGGUCACAGUGUUUGUGCUCAGAACAAAAACUAUUUGAUGGCUGAAACAUUAAAAUGUCUAACUGAUCACUUCAUGAAACUCCUGGAUUAGAGGGUGUUAUCAUCAUCACUUUUGUAUUUGAUGUUUUUGUCUUCUUCUCAGAGAUAUUUUUUAUGAGGUCUUAAGAGAAUGGGAGGACUUUCAUAAGGAACAAGGGUGGAACUUUGACUCUGCCCUUGGGAGCCGGAUAAGGUGAGUACAGUGAUCUCUGUGUAAUUUAAAAAUGGUCAAACUUGAUGAAUUAGCUGGUACUGUUUCCUGCGGCUUUCAUUUUUAUCUACUUUUCUAGAGGGAUGAUGAGCCAGCUGACCUCUGCAGGAAACCACUCCCACUUUAGCCGUCUUUUCCUGAAGCAGCUUAUUCAGGUAAACUAUGGCGUCUCAUUCAUACUUAGAAAAUAGAUCAUGACUUUUGACUAUAAAGCUCUGCGUACAGAUGUCACAAUAUGACCACCCAUUUCGUUUAGAUGUGUAAAGGCCCCCGUGUGAACAGCUCUCCUGGUGAUACCCCUGAUGCUGACUUGCUUGGCAUGCUGGGAGCAGACAGCCUGGGGCGUCUGAAGCGACUGGAGGAGCGUCUCAUUCAGCCUCAUGGUGUUGUGGGUCCCUGCCCUCCUCCAUCCUUUCCCGGUCACCAGGAGUUCUUCAGGGAUUUCCUUCAGACGGCCAGCUGGUAAAGAUUAUGUUUCCACUUAAGCUAUUUGAUGAACAAAAACUAUAAAAUGGACACAUGCUUGAGCGUCUUUUAAUUCAUCUUUUUAAUUAACCUAACUUGCCAGGUAAGGCAGGGAUUUAACUGCCUUUGAGUCCCGUCUUAAUUUGGCAGAUGUCCUUUUUUUUUUAACUUAUUUUUUACUAACAACUUGGCAACAAUUAAAAGCUACUGUGUUUUUUUGUGAUCUAACAAAUCUAAUGUGAUGCACACCAGCUGCCAGCUGAACCAGCACUUGCAGGACAGCCUGUGUCAACAGCUCCUCCAGCUGGAUGAGGUCUCCAUCCUGAGCCCAAACGCUACCAUCAGGGAGGGAGAGGAGGAGGGAGACGGUGACAUGGAGCAGCAGGUAUUUACUGGGAUGAUAAGGGAAACAAUAGAAGUUUGUUUUGGGAUAGCUUUGAAGCUAAUUGUAUUUUAUGGAAAUCAGAAAUACAAAAUCUGUAAUAAUCACAGUUUGAGUCUGAUUUUCUCCUGUCUGUCCACCUCACAAGGAUGAGAAGCAGCGGUUCACCUCGGUGCUGCUCCUCGCUCGUCUCUUAGCCAAGUUUCUAGGAUUCAUCUCCUUUCUACCUUACCAAACAGCUGAGAGACCAUCCAGGGAAAUACAGGAGACUGCUACAGAGCUGCGCAGCAAGGUGAUGAUUUACGAAGAUUGCUCUUGAUUCAAUCCAAAAGACUAUUUUCCUUCAAUCAAGUGACCAAAGAACAAAGUUUAAUUUCGAAAUCAAAUGUGAUAUAUUUUUUGUUUCCUCAGAGUGUUCCUGCGCUGGAUGUGUGUGCCGUGCUGAGUAACAGUGUGAGGAGGAGGCGCACCAUCCUGACCGUGCCCUGGCUGGUGGAGUUCCUGUCCAUGCUGGACUUCAUUGGUCCUCUGCUGCUCUGCUAUAGAACUGCAUUGGGCACGCUGCUCCUGCUGUACAGGUUGGCCUCCAUUUCUACACAUUAAAGGGAUAUUCUGGUGUAAAAUUAAUUUAGGGUCAAACACACUGUAACACCGAGUUAGACACCCACUCGAGAGAUAAAUGUUGCCCACUCGCUUUUCUAGUUUUACCAACUUUAGUAACGACCGCAGGACAGCUAUACACAGCGGUCUGAGGAGCCAUAAACAAACCUCAACCAAAACGCCACUCUAUAGCCACAAAUAAUGCUCACCUACUCUCUUCCAGCAGACGCUUGUUUGUAGUGACACCUCAGGCCAGUCCAUUACGGACUACAGUGGGGUGACACAGCUCAAGGAAGAACAUUUAUGAUCACUAGUUUAUAAUUUCCUUGAAGUAAUAAUUAUAUUAAUCAUUUUGCACUGCAGACGCAGUAGUUCCAGAGUUUCGGUCUGAUUGCAUUUCCAUAAAGAAAUGAUCAUAAAUGUUCUUCCUUGAGCUGCGUCACCCCGCUGUGGUCUGUAAUGGACUGGCCUGAGGUUUUGCUACAAACAAGCGGCUGCUGGAAGAGAGUAGGUGAGUUGUGUUUAGUCUAUUUGCUAAAGAAAUCAGGCAAAGUUAAAAAGAUGUUUGGUGUCUAGUGCUGUGGCUGGGACCCUAUAUGUCCUGUUGAUGAAGUUAGGUGCUGUUCUGAGCAUUAUUUGUGGCUAUAGAGUGGUGUUUUGGUUGAGGUUUGUGUAUGGCUCCUCAGACCGCUGUAUAUUGCUAUCGUGCGGUUAUCACUAAAGUUGGUAAAACUAGAGAAGCAAGCAGUCUGCAACAUUCUUUCAAUGGGGUAUCUAACUCGGUGUUACAGUGUGUUUGACCCUAAAUUUAUUUUACGCUGAAAUAUCCCUUUAAGUAAAAAAGAAAAGUAAGUAUUUACUGUUUCGUCAAGAAAAGAGCCUAAAAGUGAAAUAUUUUUCUCUUGAAGGAAGAUGCUGCUGGGCAGAUGCGGAGAGAUGUGCUACCUAAACAAGCUGCUCCUGGUUUCUGUGCUGGGUUGGCUUUUCCAGGUGACUUAUCAUUAGUCCCUUGUUUUGUAUCAUGAAAGAAACAUCCAAGGUCCAAAGUCAUCCAAAAGCAGUUUUCAUUUGAACAUAAUAGUUAAAUGUUCUUGAACUUGUGCAGAUCCCGGUGAUUCCCGAGGACAUUUUCUUCACCAAUGACUUCACUGAAGUGGCAAAGCUGGAGGACAGCUUCUCAAGUGCUGCGGGCUUUGUGAGUGAAAAACUCUUUCAGAUGGCUCAGUGUGCACCACUGCUUCAUUUCUCUCCUCUUUUAUCCUGAGGUGUCUCUUGUUGUUUUGCAGGACUGCAUUCCCCUUGUGGAUCAGCAGCUCCUCUAUACAUGUUGCCCAUUUUUAGGUGAGUGGUGAAACAUCUUUUCAUUUACUUUUUGGCACACAGUUCAUUGUCUACAUGUGUAAUUUGUGGUGUUAAUGUUUAAUAUUUAAAAGUUAAAAGGCAUGAAGCAGAUUGCAUAGAUAAAACUUGCUGUGUACACUUUAUGUUCGCUUUCGUCGUCUCGGAUAAUAACUCCUUUAGGCUGAGAAACAAUCUCCUUCCUUGUUUUUCUUGUCAAGGUGAGUUCCGAAAGCUUCUCGCUGCCUUCGUGUCCGGGAGCGCGGCCAAAAGCGGAGGAAUCAUCCGCAAGAUCACUCCCACAUCUGCCGAGCCCAGGGAUACGCCGACUGCCAACAGGUCGCAGCAGAAACUACAGGUGAGUCAAUGGGGCGGUGAAGCCAAGAAUCACCGAGUGCAAAUAUUUGAUUUUAAACUUGUACCUGAAAUGUGACAGGUGGACCUGGAGCAAGCUUUCUUUCACAACCAGCCCCCGUCGCUGCGCCGCACUGUGGAGUUUGUAGCUGAGAGGGUUGGAUCCAACGCUGUAAAGCAUAUGAAGUUAGUAUUUCAGAGCUGAGGGGAGGUCGAGUCUUAAACUUGCUUGUAAACUUUUCAAAUUUUUCCAAAUCAGCUGCAACUUUCACAUCUUUUCACUCAACCUCUGAGACUGCAGCUUAACUGUUCAAAUUCAACAAUACUUAGGUGGCGAGGGUGAAUUUACCACCCAUUAAUAUGUAUUUGAAAAUGUGAGUUACUUCUCUUUGUCAGUGUAUUGUGCAUGUGUGUGUUUAGACCUCUUUGUUGAUCUUCCUCAGGGCCACGUUAGUGAGCGAGCUGGUGGAGAGAGGGGAGAAGAUGCUGAAAGGUGGACUGGAGUCACCAAACUCAAAUCCGACCAAACUGAACGACUCCAUCUGUGCUCAGCUGUGUGUCGCAGGGUUGGAAGCUUUAGCAAGAGCUACUAGGUACCACAGCUUCUGUUAUACGCAGCUCUGUCCUCAUGUUCACAGAUGUAAAUAGUUGUAGUUCUAGGUUUUAUUUUACAUACAAGCUAUAUGCAUGCAUGAGUGAAGUGAAGUGAGUGGUGUUGUGUUUGUUUUUGUCUCCCCUCUGCAUCUGUGUCACGCAUCAUCACAGUUUUACCUUUCUUUACUUGGUUUUUAUUCCCUUUUUUUUCGUUUUGCAGAUUUUGCAGCGAGAAGAGUCCUGAAGCCAUUCGAAUUCUGCUCCCUGAGGGGACCUCUCCAGCUGUAAGUCCUGCAGAAACCAUGACAAAUGCCAAAAUAAAAGAAUAAAAACCAUCAAAAAACACUCCAAAUCACGUUUGACAAUCUGUGCGCUCAUGUCUUUCUAUCCCUCUGUAUUUGCCUUCCCUCUGCAGGUCCUGACUACAUCUGAAAACAUCACCAAACGUCUUGCGACAGAGAAAGCCUGCAGCUGGCUCUCUGCCAACAUCACAGGUAGCUGCUUAAUUACGUUAUACCUGUUUUUUUCCUUUACACAUUUGUGAUUCUUUUAGAAACAGAUGCAUUAUCAUUAAUAGUAGUUUAAUUUUAGAUGAUAAAUUGCUUAAUUUAAGGGGUCCAUAUUGUAAUUUGUGCAAGUUCAAUUAAAUAACGUGCAAAAACACCGUUCUUGUUGCCAGCCUUGAUAAGACGCGAGUGGAAAAGCAGGUAUGAUCGUGUGAUGAAGGCUUUGGGAGGCGUGGCGACUGCAGACUCUGGUGAUGUGGUCGAGCUGGUCACCCUUGAUCAGUCGACUACUCCCAAGAGGAAACAAGGAAGUGAGCGAGUGACUUCGUGCCCUCCACACUGCAACCACACAGCUCCACUACCCUCUGACGUCCUCGUAGAGAUGAAGGUAAGCCUGUGUGAGAAAAAACUUCCAUAGAUACUUGUUUUUCAUCAGAAAAAGUCGCCCAGUCUCUUAAUUUCAAAAUAACAAGCUUGUAUCUCUGAAGGAUCGACCCAAUUUCCAGCUGAAUUAAAAGCGAUUGAUGUCUCCACUUCGUCUUCUGAGUGUAGGAGCUGCUGAGUGUUGCAGUCGGCCCCAGGACGGAUGAAGAUCUGCCGACCGGCUCUCAAAUCCAAACUCUGCUGCAGAGAGUGGGAGAAACACUGGCCUGCCGGAAGGUACAAGAUGGAAAAACAACACCUCAUCAUGGUGAAUCGACUGUUUUUGCCAGCAUUUGUCUCAAUCUGUUCUUCUUUUCUCUUCUCCAAGUUUUCAACUGCAGUGUCAGACCAAAUGCUGGUGAACUCCACCGUCCUACUGGCCUGCAAACUCGGUACUAUCUCAUGUUUCUCUUAUUUUUUUUACUGCCUGCAAAAUUUCUCGUUAACUGUCGCAUUGUCCCUGGGUUAUUUUGGAUGGAAGCAACUCAAAGCUUGAUGUUUAUCGUGCGUAUGUGCUCAGUGUCUGCAGAGCUGCCGGUGCUGCCUCUGUCAAAGUGCAGCCCAGGUGAUGGGGUUGUUGUGGGUCCUGGUUUGGGGUCAGAGCCUCCUGUCAGAGCCCUGCUGGAGCAGCUUGCUGAGCUGUGGAAAGAAGAUUGCUGUUCCUCUGCUCCUCUUCACCUUCUCUUCACGCCGCUCACUGUCACUGCUGUGCUGAAGGCCAGCGACAUGGAGGUAGGUCAAACAAAUGUUCUGUCCCUGAAACAGAAGUUUCAAUAAUGCUAAAGUUAUCUUUGUCUUUUACAGCUUUCUGAUUGUAGGAUAUACACCUCAGACACCUUUUUGCAUAUAAACAUGGCCUUCUAAAUGAGCUUUAUGGUCACUUUUGGACAUCUGAAUAAAAAUGCCAGACAGAAAUGACAUGAUGCAAAUAUUCCUGGCCUUAAUCGAACCAUUCAACUGUCUGUAAUACUCAUAAUACUCAUCUUUUCUUUUUUUUUUUUUGGCUAUUUAGUGCUUUUCUGCAAGGCUUAAAUGUGAGUGAGGUUGUUUAGAGUUGUUUUUAGGUAUUCGAUGUAUUAGCCACAUGGAUGCUGGUCAACCUGGUCCUGAUUUUUUAAGAUUUGGGGAGAACCAGAGUGAAAACUAGGCUAUCAAAUGCUGCAGACUAGGCCGAUUCAACCAUGUAACUAGGCAAAUUUUAAGAAACUUCAAAUAAAAGUGCAUGUCCUAAUUUUGAAAUUUAAUAUGCCGUCAGGAAACCUAUUUGAUUUCACACUAUUCUCAUAUUUUCUCUCACCUGUGAGGCGCUGAUCAGCUAACCAGGUCUUUUAUAUUUGAGCUACUGAUAUGCUCUUUCCAAAUCCAAGUUUUCUACCUGUUACACUUUGUAACUUGGGAUCUCACCUGCUCUUUAGUAGGGUUGUUGCACCGUACCGGUAUUGACGGGAGUGAACAACCUGACACAACUGUGCCUCAGAAAACUGAACUCUCCUACACAAACAACCUCAGCUGCUACCUCAUUUCUUUUUACCUUCUUCCAACACAUGCCAUUUCCCUUUUUUAGUGCAACACCUACCUGUUCCUGGUCAGACAGCUGGUCGACAGAGGAGUCCUGAGGGAGGAAGAGGUCGUAUCUCAUUGGAAGAAGCUCUCAGACUUGGCCUUGCCAGCAGUGAGCUUUACCUCCUUUCUUGUCAUCACAUAUUCCUUUGAAGUCAUUUCUUCCUGUAAUGAUCUGACCUCUUUUGACUCCUUUUACUCAAUUCGUCUCUUGCUCACUUUGUUCUCUGGUUUUUGUGUCGUUUCAGGAGCUGAUAGAAAAUUUUCAGCUGCAGUCACAGGGUGUUAAACCACAGUUGCCUCUGGCCGAGUUGCAAAGCCACUCGGAGCUGCUGCAGGUCUCACAACAAACAGUAGAGGGCACUACAUGACAACAGUAAUAGUGAUUCUAGUUCUGUUCCUCGUCUUUCCUCUGAUCACCACAGGGUUUUAUCACUCUUCAAGUGUGCUGCUCAAGAAAGAGAGAGAGAGAGAGUUUUGGAUGAAUUGCUGUCGUCCGUUUUCUGACUUUCCACUGCACAGCACAUCAAAGCUGCUCCACAGCCAGCCCUUGCACACACUUUGCAAGCUUUAGACUUUUGUAACUCACUUGUGAAGUGACAGCAGCCUUUCAUGAAUCCCUCUUUGGUGUGAAAACCAGAAGCCCUGCCAGUCAGAAGGAGUAAAGAACCACAUCAUUGCAGACUUUAGAUCUGCUGAACUUUGAAUCUGCUAGAUGAUUUUAUUAGGAAUACUAAUAGACCAAACACUCUAGACCUAAGCAAAUAAUCUGUGAACGCAGAUGUGUCAGCAUCAGAAUAUGCAUUUGUAUGCUUUUGCUGUUUAUCACUCAAGGAAUUUGGCUCUGGGCGUGUAAAAUAUCUUUUCAUGCUCCCAGUUUGAGGUGUCCACAAACAAGCCAUAGUUUCGGCAGUUACUGAGACAGACUGAAAAUGUUGAUUUUAGAGACCGUCUGGUGAGAAUUAAUGUCUUGAUUUUAAUAAAGCACUUUCACACACUGCCUUUCGACCGCCACCACUAGUGACUGCAUGUUUGUUUCAUGAAUGCCAAACUGCGUUUGUGAUUUGUUUUGUUCAUGUUGAACUACCGCUGUACUUCCUGCUGCUUUUAAACUGAACUAUUUUUAUGUUGCUGUAAAAUAAAUAUCUCAAUAAAAAUGUAAUGUGUUAAAAGCA